AUGCCAAAGGGGGACAUGCCUCGCCGAAUCUUGCAGCUGCACCUACUAGGCGAGGAGGACGAGGAGGAUGAGGAUAUGGACGACCCGGACGAAGCGAUCCCAUGCAAAAAGGAGUCCUUGUGCACCUGCAUCCAGAAGAUGUGCCUUUGGCUGGUAUGCUUGGAGUACUUCGACUAUGUCAUGGGCCUAGCGAUUCUCGCGAACGCAGUCCUGAUGGGUGUGCAGGCAGACAUCGCGGUUCAGAACGCUCGGACAGGCGCGAAAGAGCCGCCGGUCAUUCGAGCUGUCGCCGUUGCCCUGGGAGCGGUGUUCACGGCAGAAUUGGUCAUCCGCAUCCUCGCCUAUCGAGUGGACUUCUUCACGAAGCCUGGGUGGCGCUGGAACGUGUUCGACUUCUUACUCGUUUUCCUGCAGCUCAGUGAAGAAGUCGUCACCGUGCUGGUCUACGAAAAUUCUGACGCCGUAUCUGUGAAUCUCAGCUUCAUGCGGAUCUUGCGCGUUCUCCGUCUUGUCCGAAUUGUUCGACUGGUCCGGGUUUUGCGGCUGAUCCGCGAACUCAGGACCCUUGUGCAAUCUAUCGCCUCAACGAUGACAUCAUUGCUGUGGACGGUGGUGCUACUGCUGCUGUUGAUCUUCGUGGUGGGUAUCUGCUUCACGCAAGUGGUCGCUGAUGUCGGUCUGGAAGCGCCACAGCUUAUCCAAGAGGGCACCGACACUUUCGAGUACUAUGGUUCGCUCCUGCGAUCUGUCAUGUCGCUAUACCAGUCGAUCACUAGUGGAAUUAGUUGGCGAGAUGCUUCACAGCCGCUUGAGCGGCAUCAACCGAUCAUGGGCUUGGUCUUCGCAGUUUACAUCGCCUUCGCAGCGCUGGCAAUGCUCAAUGUGAUUACCGGGGUCUUUGUCGAGUCAGCUAUGGCAAGUGCACGAGAGGAAAACAACGUUACAGUGGUUAGCCGCAUGCGCGAGCUUGUAUCGAAGAUGGAGAUUGGAGAGUCCGGCCGCAUGACCUGGGAGCAGUUCGAGGGCCAGCUGAACAACCCAAUCAUGGAGGCAUACUUCAAGUCGUUGGACCUGAGCGUUACUGAAGCUGAGAGUCUGUUCAGACUGCUGGACAUCGACAACGAAGGCUCCAUCGAUGUGGAGGAGUUCAUCGCAGGCUGUUGUCGCAUUCAUGGCCCCGCAAAGGCCAUCGAUCUUACCACGCUCAUGUGCCAGGUGAUGCUCCUUCACAGGCAAUGGCGGAGUCACGCAAUGCUGCUGGAGGAGAGACCGUUUUGUGCGUGCAGUCGCAUUGCGUAUUUGUGCGGGCCUUGGGGUUGCAACCACAGACGCUUGCAAGCACCGGCGAUUAAUCUUCGAGAUGUACAGCACCUGACCUUGAAUCGCAGACGUCGUAAAAUUGAAGCGCACUCUGACAUGUACUCUACAGGAAAAAGCUGCUUCCGAACGCAUGCAGGAUAUGAGUCUGAAUUUCUCUCCGCAGGAACUGUUUAG